UAAAAUCGGUCACCAUGCCCGUUGUAGCCAUCGCAGGAGGCACCGCCAGUGUUGGUCGCUUUAUCGUUGAAGAGACCAUCGUAGAUGGAAAAUUCGAGGUCAUCGUUCUAAGCCGAAAGGCCAACCCAGCACUAGAGAAAGAGCUCGGUGCACGCAUCCUACCUAUCGACUACUCCGACCCCGAUAGUAUCGCAACCUUGCUCGAAGAAAACCACGUCGACACCGUCAUCUCCGCACUCGGUGGACGUACACCUCCCGAGCAGGAGCUUGGUCUCAUUCAAGCGGCCGCUAAGUCCAAAGCCACUAAACGAUACAUCCCUAGCGUCUGGGGUAUCAAGUAUCGCCCAGAGCACUCUUGGUUCCCCAUUGCCGCGGCCAAGUUAUCUCUCUUUGAUGCACUCGAGAAAACUGACCUAGAGUGGACCGUAGUUGCGAAUGGCUUCUUUCUUGAUUACUGGGGCGCGCCGAACCUCAAGACGUACCUUGACCACAUGACUAUCGUUCUGGAUAUUCCUGGAAGAAAGGCUGUGAUCCCGGGCAACCCGAACCAGCCUCUUGUCUUUACUUAUACCAAGGAUGUCGGCAACUUCACAGCUAAGCUCUUGACGCUAGAGAAAUGGGAGCCAGUGUCAUAUAUCAUCGGCGAUAGGCUCACGUGGAAGGAGUUUACACAGCUCGCUGAAGAAGCUACUGGCGACAAAUUUGAGGUUACAUACGAUUCGGUUGACCUCCUUAAAUCAGGAAAGAUCACGGAGCUUCCGAGCCACGAAGCUCUCUAUCCCUUCUUCCCUAAACCAGAGCUGCAAGGCAUGCUGGCCCAGUUCGGUAUCCUGUUUGACCAGGGAGCGAUGGAUUUCCAGCCUGAGAAAAGUCUUAAUGAUAUUUUCCCGGAGAUCAAGACGGUGACAGCUCGAGAUGUUUUGGAGAUUGCGUGCAAGAAAUAGUCUCCUCGUAUUCUACAUGGGUACUAUGUUACGUAGCUACUUGUACCUAGAAAGUCAUUUGAUUGAUUAGUAGAUAAUAAAGC